AUGUACACAUUCAGACGGCCACAACAACAGCAGCAGCAGCUCUCUGGGAACGACGAUGUAGAGCAGCAAGGCAUGCCCGCCAGUGAGGGCGGCGUCGACACCUACACUGCGCCAGACAACAGCGUCGCUCUGGAAGAGGGCAAUUACGCACCCACACAGACAGCUGACGCCGCGUCGCUGCAACAGCAGCAGGCUGGUGGGCAAUUCUCAGAGGAAGCGUCGGCGGAGGAAGUGCUGCAGUACUGCCGCAACAAGAUCUUGUGCAGCCGCAUCACUGUGCCGCCGCAGUGGCGGCGCGUGCGCACUGUGCUUCCCGCCUCUAUCGCAGAGCUGCACUUGACGCCGUCCGCGCCAGAGCCAAUUCAGCAGGCGUCAUCGCCGUGCGUUGUGCUGCUGCUCGACAGCGGUGUGCCGGAGGGGAUGACGGUGGCAGAGUACUCUAAGAGUCUUGUCAAGUACGUCAUUGAUCUUCUCGCGUACCAGGGCGCGUCGACAGCCAUAACGUCGCUGCGCUUUGUGAAGCUCGGAACAGAGCUCUCGCAACUUGUUGUGACGUUUGGCCGGGAUGUUCGACUGGCGACGCGUGUGUUGGAGGAGUUCACUAAGGUCGGCCUCCGCGCAGGUUUUGGCGCCCCGUUGGAAGCCGCAGCGGCAACAACAGCGUGUGCGACGUUCCGCGUGACGGAUUACUACAUGACGCUCCACGGUGGCACCGGCAUCACAGCGGAGGAGGUGGCGUCGCUGCUGCAGCCGGAGCGGCCACCACUGGGCGUGAAUGUUGUGCCCGGCUACGAGCCCGGUGUGUUCUACGUUGCGGUGGAAGGCGCGGAGGUGGUGCACGCGUGGCUUUGGAAUCCCUUCUGCUCCUUCCUUGUGCAGCACACGCUGUUUGAGCGUCUCGGUGUGCUCCUCACGAUGGCGGACUGCCCGCACGAGUUUGUGAGCCGCGGGGUGGGGCGGCACCAGCAGCAGCAGGAGCAGCAGCAAGGACGGCGGCAGGGGCGGGAGCGGCAAUCGCGUGGCGGCAACUACAGCGAGGAUGGUGACAACUCCGUCUCUGGUGGUGACGUUGACGACAACGAUGAUGGUGGCAACAUGGAAGAGGACGGAAGCGAUGUGGAGAAAUCAGGAGGGCGCGCGGUGGAGAGCAACGCGAUGGCGUGGGCAAGCAACGCAAAAGAAGAGAUUGACAUCUUUGAGGGACUCGACAAGGAGACAGAGCCGCAGAAGGCGAGUCUUGAGCUUGUUGAUGAUGGCAUCAUAGAGGUCCUUCACAACGCAAACACAGAGAAACAACAACAAAAACAACAACAGCAGCAGCAGCAGCAAGUGCAACAGGUGUAUGCUGGUGGUGCUCCGCUGGGAGUGCGAUUCGAUCAGCUUCAACCAGGGGCAGUACCACCCGCCCUCUCUAUGCCAUACGUGCAGCCUUUUGCCAUACAGCAGCAGCAGCAGCAACAACAACUAAUUCUCUCCCAGCCACCGUACUACGGCAAGGACGUUCCGCAGGUGGGCGGAUGGCAGGCCCCACCGCCAAUACGCGGACCGCAAAUUGGGAUAAGAGCACCACCACUCUAUGGCAUGGCAAUGACGGAGAUGCACGCAUCAGAAAAAAGAUCGGAUAUAAAGUAUCCGGAGCUCGUUGAUGAUAAUAGCUCCAGCACACUUCCUGAACGUGGAAAUGAAGGGGAAAUCACAUCGACAUCAGCAAUGGCGCAGCAACAGCAGUACUCGCAGUCGAUGUAUUGGAACCUCGGAGGUGGGCAGGUUAUUGGUGAUUGUGGUAGUGCUGGUGGUAGCUUUUACCCCGCUGCGCCUUCCUUGCCUCUGUAUGGCGCCCCUCCGUACAUGCCACUGCCGCAGAUGCAGCAGCAGCAGCAUCUGGGGAUGAAUGUGAAUGCCGCUCCCUCUAUUUUAGGACAGCCUGUGUAUAGUGGUGCCCCCUUUCACCCAUCUUUCGGCGACGGCAGUGGCAGAAGUUUGGGUGUUCUUGCGCCUCCAAUCACGAUGAGUGUGCCAUUGCCAUCACCGAAAAUAACCGAGGAGCAGGCGAAUGAGUGGGCUGACAAGCUGGAAGAAUUGCUGCAGAUUGCCUUCCCUGCAGAAGGCGACGGCGGCGAAGGGGGAGCUACAGGUACAACAACAGCAGCUGCCACCGAGAGUACCGAUGCGUCGUCUUCGGAUGCGCUUUUUCACCACGUUCCGUGCAGCGCCACAGUGCCGUUUCUGAGCCCGGAGUUGGAGGACACAAUGGCGUUUGUCAGGGAGCAGCUCAGCGGUCUCAAGGCUGUGAUUGCGAGCGACGACGACGCGCUGACGGGGAGCCGCCGCCGCAUCAUCGCCGCUCUUCUUACGCGUCUUCGCGGCGUGCGGCAGAGCGAGGCGCACGACUGGGUGCCACUGGUGCUGCAGGAAAGCAGCUCGAAUGGUGACGGAACACAAACCCAGCAUGUGCAGCUGCUGCCAGCGCUCCUUCCCUACUUGCUUCUCACCAGUGAAGGGAUAGAACUCGCGUCGGAGCUCGUAACGCACGCGUCGGAGGAGUUUCUCCCCCUCCUGGCACGCUACAUACUGCCAUUCCUUCUGGAUACAGGCGUCGUGCAGUCAGUCGGUGCAGCCGCCCUCCGCGCAGAGGUGUCCGCGGCGAACCCACUUGUGCAACGCAUUCUCCGCCACUGGGGGGCACUCGCCGCGUGGCUGCACGCCCACAUCCAGUACAAGGCUGUCGCUGCCGAUGGGGCGGCUGAGCACACUGCGGCGGUGGCAAACUCUUCGGUAGCAUGGCGGCUUACAUCGCAGGCGAGCAACGUUAUGGAUAUAUUACUGACGGCGAUGUCGCGCGAGCAGCAGGAAGCCGUGAGAACGCAUCUCGAGGCCACCGGUGCGCUGUCCGAGUUUGCGCGGACGGUGAAAGCGGUGGAGCAGCAGGAAACGUUGGAUGAAGAGCAGCAGCAGAAGCAGCAGCGACAGUUUAGUGCUAUCUGUGCAUCAACGCCUUCGUUGUGGUAUGCUGAUGGGGCUAUUCACCGCUCGCUGUUGCGCCUGUAUCUUAACGCCAACCUCUUCAGUGGCACAGAGUUUGUGGAAUUGCUGUUCGCACCGCAGCCCUGCCUCACACGCAGUCACUACGGUUUUGUGACAGCAGUCUUCUCCAAGAGCCAAGUAAGCCCGGUGCUAAGCAACGAGACGGCGCGUGUGUGUGGUGGCUUUAUACGCCUGAUGGAGCAGAAGAUUCUAAGCGUGGACAGCGACAGUGGCAGGCCGUCAGUGUUGCAUGAAAAGGACGCGAUGCACCUCGUUGAAAUGGCGCUGCGUGAACUUGGGUCGGUGGAAGCUUAUACAUGCCUCCGCGACGCAUAUUUCGCAGCCCCAUCUCCUGUUAAGAGGUACAAAACGGUGGAAGAGAAGCUGUCACAAGAAACACCGCCCGCUAAAUUUCAGAACCAGCAGCACCAGCAGCAGCAGCAGCAUUUUCCCACAGCAAUCCUUGGUGCCUCAUCGAGCUAUCACACCUACAAAAAGCAGCAGCAACAGCAAGGGACUGAUGGGCGUCAUUCCGACUCAUCGAGCGGGUGGCAGGCGGAAUGGACAGCGGCGAUGCGCAACUACCCUCAGUUCGGUGAGCCUUUUACACCACUGCCAACGGGGUGGACAAGCGCCCUCAGUCGCUCGUAUGGGCACUACUACUUUAAGAACCCCAAGGGCUCUGCGACGUACAAGCACCCGACAGAUGCUACAGAGUUCAUGGUGGCUCCGCAGGCAUUCUUGCGAGAGCCUGGGGUUACCGUCACACUCGCUGAGGUUCUCACCCAUGCUAACAGCCAGUACGGCACCGGUGCGACAGCGGGAGAUGCCCCGCAUGAGACGAGCGCUGCCAUCACGGAGGAGCGGGCGGAGAGGUGGCUGAAGGACCAACGUAUGCGUGUGGAGGCACUGGACCUGGCUACGUUGGCAUUGCUGAAGGUCACGUACCGCGUCGGUGGUGGUGCUGGGCGACGGGGCUUACAGUGUCCCAGCGCUGGCGGUGGCAGCGGUAAGUCCAACCGUCGUCACCGCCGCAGCAGCAGCAGCCGCAGUGGUGGCCGCCACCACCACCGCCACUCACACAAGCGUACUCGCAGCCGCUCGCCGAGCCCCGCGCAGUUGCAGCGCAGACUUACCAAGCUGCAUGAAUACCGAGCACGUGGCCACCCAUUCCCACCGCUUCCGCGCGGCUGGACAUGCAACCUCAGCACGUCCAAUGGACUGUACUACUUUCGCCCGCCGCACGGCAGCCCUGUGUACCGACACCCACACACCCGCCGCGAGUAUCGCGCCUCACCGCAGGCAUUUGUGCUGCACCGUGACAUCAACGCCAACGCGAUUGCGGUGGAGACGCACAGGUCGAUCGAGGACGUUGAGAAGUGGCUGGCGGAUCAGCGGCAGCGCGACGAGGAGCUCGAUGGGGCGGUGGCACGCAUGCUUGCGAUCGAGUACGCGCCGUGCCUUGACUACAGCGAUGACGAGGGUGAGAAGAAUGAGGAUAAGGGCGGGGACGCAGUGGAGGUGCAGCAGGAAGGCGGCGGCAGUCGCAGCAGUAGCCGCAGCAGUGGCACUCCGCGUAGAAGUCACGCGAAUGAUUAG